CUCUCCUCCCUCCCUCUAUUCCCUCCCUGAUGGACAGACAGUGUAGUCGUCGUGCUGUCAUUCAGUCGGUGACCUGUUGUAACAAUGUGUUACCUGGUUCUAUUCAUUCUGGUCUGCUCUGGAACUCUCCUGUCUAUAACGCUCAUAGACUACUACCAACACCAAAGAGAUGAGUUCCUGGACUCUGUCCAGAAGAGUUUGCAGUGCAGGAGACUGAGAGAGAAACUGGUGACCAUGACUACUAUGAAACAAGUAGACAUUGGAUUGUUCUCUCAGGAGGUGAGAGAUCUGAUGGACUGUCCUUGGAGACUCAACCUCACACACAGAGAACUACACAGGACAGAGUUGUGGUCAUGCUGUAACGCGUAUGAUAGGCUGAUGGUGACCAGACAGAACACCAUUCAGAACCAGAGUCUGACCUACGAGGUAGAGAGGAGGAUGAAGAGAAAGGUGGACCAAGCACUAUGGGAGAUGCUGCCACAGACUGUACCCUGGAGUAAAGGUUCGUUGAGUCGUUGUGCCGUGGUGGGAAGUGGAGGAAUCCUGCAGAACAGCAGCUGUGGAGCGGAAAUCGACAAUUCUGACUAUGUCAUCAGGUUUAACCUGGCUCCUAUCAACAAGAGUUAUGACGUGGGAGUGAAGACAGACCUCAUAACAGCCAAUCCGACCCAGAUCAAUAAAGGGUACCCUGGCCUCCAGCUGAACCCUGGACCCCUGGCGGAAGCCCUGUCAGUCUACGGUCAUGCCCAUCUACUUCUCCCAGCCUUCUCCUUUGCUUUUGGGACCAGCCCCUGCUUCAAGGUGUACCAAGCCCUCCGUAAGGCCCGACCCCAACAGAAAGUGGUGUUCUUCCACCCAGACUACCUGUUUGAGCUGGGCAGGUUCUGGCAUCGUCGAGGGCAACGAGCCCCACGGCUCUCUACUGGUCUGAUGCUGGCCAGCACCGCUCUGGAGAUCUGUGAACAGGUUCAUCUGUAUGGCUUCUGGCCCUUCCCUCUGGAUCUAUCCCAAAAUACUUUGCCACAUCAUUACUAUGACAACGUUGGUCCAAGUCACUCCAUGCACGCCAUGCCUGAAGAGUUCCUGCUGCUACUACAACUCCACAGCCAGGGGGCGCUACAGCUACAUGUUGGACCCUGUACACCCUAACAGGCGGAUCAUCGGGGGCCGGAAAUAAAUGAUAAUUUAUACCGUGAAAAUUGACCACAACUAAACCCCAAAAGAUGUAUUUGAAAACAACCGUAAUUUCAUCAAAUUGAUUUAUAAAGCCCUUCUUACUUCAGCUGAUAUCUCAAAGUGCUGUACAGAAACAGGUGUAGAAGCACG